AACCGCUUUCCAGUCGGGCGUUGGAAAGUUGCUGGAAGUGUUUGUUUACAAAAGAUCUCAGCGAGGUUUUUCACAGAAAAUGGCUGGAAAAAGGAAAGCAGAUUCUCAAAUUCCUGCAGAAGAGAAUGAUUUGCUCCUCAUAAAGCCGCUGGGAGCUGGUCAGGAGGUGGGCAGGUCCUGCAUCAUGCUAGAGUUCAAAGGGAAGAAAAUAAUGCUGGAUUGCGGGAUUCAUCCGGGUCUCAGUGGCAUGGAUGCCCUUCCAUUUGUUGAUCUAAUUGAGCCAGAAGAGGUUGACUUGCUCUUCAUCUCGCAUUUCCAUCUUGAUCACUGCGGAGCUCUGCCUUGGUUCCUGCAGAAGACAUCCUUCAAGGGUCGCUGCUUCAUGACUCACGCCACAAAAGCCAUCUACCGGUGGAUGUUGUCAGACUACAUUAAGGUAAGCAACAUUUCCACUGAACAGAUGCUGUACACAGAGGCAGAUCUCGAGGCCAGCAUGGAGAAGAUCGAAACUAUCAACUUUCACGAAGAGAGGGAUGUUCUGGGAGUGAGAUUUUGGGCGUACAACGCUGGGCAUGUUCUAGGUGCUGCAAUGUUCAUGAUUGAAAUUGCUGGUGUUAAGAUUCUCUAUACUGGAGACUUCUCGCGGCAAGAGGAUCGACAUUUGAUGGCUGCGGAGAUUCCUUCGAUGCGUCCUGAUGUCUUGAUAACCGAAUCGACGUAUGGGACGCACAUUCAUGAAAAGCGGGAGGAUAGGGAGACGAGAUUUACAUCGUUGGUUCAGAAGAUUGUAACUCAGGGAGGGAGGUGUUUGAUUCCGGUUUUCGCUCUCGGGAGGGCGCAAGAGUUGCUUCUGAUUUUAGAUGAAUACUGGAGUCAGAAUCCUGAACUUCAGGAUAUUCCGAUCUACUACGCUUCGUCGUUGGCUAAGAAAUGCAUGGCUGUCUAUCAGACUUACAUUAAUGCCAUGAAUGAUAAGAUCAGACGUCAAAUAGCUGUUAACAAUCCCUUUGUCUUCCGCCACAUUUCAAAUCUCAAAGGAAUUGAUCAUUUUGAAGAUAUAGGACCGUGCGUUGUUAUGGCGUCACCGGGUAUGAUGCAGAGCGGUCUGUCGCGGGAACUCUUUGAGAAUUGGUGCACAGAUGCGAAAAAUGGCGUCAUCAUUGCCGGAUACUGCGUUGAAGGGACUCUGGCUAAGACAAUCCUUUCGGAACCUGAGGAAAUCCUCACGAUGUCUGGUCAGAAGCUUCCUCUAAACAUGUCCGUCGACUACAUUUCCUUCUCGGCCCAUACGGAUUACCAGCAAACAAGCGAAUUUAUCCGGUUACUGAAGCCGAGGCAUGUGGUUCUUGUCCAUGGGGAACAGAAUGAAAUGAGCAGGUUGAAGUCUGCGCUGCAGAGGGAGUACGAGGCUGAACAAAAUACAAUGAUUUCCUUCUACAAUCCGAGGAAUACGCACACGGUCGAGCUGCACUUUAAGGGAGAGAAGACGGCUAAGGUAAUGGGAAGCCUGGCAGUUAAACGACCGGAGAAUGAACAGAAACUUAGCGGGGUCCUUGUUAAGAGGGACUUUAAGUAUCACAUCUUGGCAGCUUCGGACUUGUCAAAGUAUUCCGACAUGAGUAUGUCUGUAGUGACGCAAAAACAGAGUCUGAUGUGGUCAGGUUCUAUGAACACACUUCGGUUGCUGCUUGAACGAAUCGGAGGUCCGGGAACGGUUGAGUCCACGGAGACUGAGAAGAAGUACCGCAUCUUCAACUGCAUCGACGUGCAGUUGGAGGGGAAGGUGAUCAUCAUGGAGUGGCAGGCAACGCCGGUGAAUGACAUGUUCGCCGACACUGUCCUAGCCACUUUGCUGCAGUCGGAUCUCUGUGGAACGACAAUCAAGGGCACGUCGGGUCACAAAGGCGACCGUACUCACUUCAAAGAGUGCCUCGUUGAGACACUUCAAGAUAUGUUUGGAGAGAAGUCGGUACCUAAAAUGAUCCGUGGGGAUGAGUUUCAGGUGACUGUAGGUGGAAAGAAGGCUAACGUAGAUCUGCAGAAGCUGGAAGUUGCCUGUCCGGAGGAUGAACAAAUGGCCAAGAUGAUACAUACGGCUGUUCACAAACUCUAUCAGUCUCUGGUUCUAGGUCCAGGAAACUGAAUAAAGAAUAAUUACACUUGACAA